AUGGCUGCUUCAAGGAUUGUUGUUGAUGAUCCAACCAUAUUUCCUAUUGUUGCUCGUAUUCCAUAUGUGAUGCUUAAGCUGGUUGAUCCUCAAAAUCUUCUUCUUGUGCAAUAUUUGGCUUCUAUUGACUCAACAAUAUCUAUUGGUGUUCUUCCAUCGAAAAGGGCUGAAGGUUCUUCUAAAUCUUCUAAAGCUCCAAAGAAGAAGAAAGUUGAGAAACCACCAAUAGUGGAUGAGGGUGUUACGAAAGAAAUUGUUCCUUCGAAAUUUGGAAUUCUCACGCGUACAAAGAAACCAUCACUGAAACCUAAUGAUUCCCCAAUCAAGCAAUCUAUGCAAGACCUUGAAAUCGAAGCUACUGAGAAAACGCAUGUUGAUUCUUCACAUACUCAAUCUUCUUAG